UCAAGGAUAGACUCUCAGGACAAAGGGAAUUUUCUCAAAUUAAAUACAUAUGUCUGUAUUAAACACUUGCUACUUUGUCCUUAGCUCUUAUGUCACCCUAGAGUGGAAAAAACAUCGCAGACCAACACCCAUCUACGGUCUGGAACGUGGGUACUGUGAGUGUCAAGGGGCCACUGGAGUUGGAUGGAGAAGAACUAGGCUGGAGACGCAGCUUGAACGGGACAGGUGUUCCAAGGCGAGGGCAGGGAGGGGCGUGGGGAGAACUGGGGACACACGGCUACGCUGUGAACACGCGGCUCCGCUCUAUGGUGGGGCUCCAUUUCCACUCUGCAAUACUACACCGCACUGCCUGCUCAUCACCCGUCUCUUCCACUGGGCUGCGAGUUCCUUGAGAGCAGCCGCUAUGCCUUGUUGCCGUGCAUCAAGAAGCUUGUUGUCGUGUGACACGGGGCAGGGAUGGCGGCAUAGCGAGGCAUCGAAGGAGUGAUGGCAGCACACCAGGGAUGCACAGUGCUGCCGCACAGCCCCGUGCAAUCCAAGGACUGCAGGGCGCCCUUUCUGUUACACAACAGUGCGUGCCCUUCGCCUGGUGGGUGCACCUCACCCGGCAGGCUGCCCCUGAGCUGCAACCCACGGAUUCCAAAAUGUACCCCAAGAGGUGCUCAGUUGGGGUUCGGACUGCUGCAGCUCCCACAACCCGCCUGGGGACCUUGGAGCAAAAGCACCGCUCCUCUCCCAUGGCGCCCGCAGACGUCCGCGUGGGAGCUGGGCCGGGGUGGGGAAAAGCCGGCCUCUUGCCUGCUGCACCCACUUCCUCGGUCCCCUGGCUUCCCACUGCCAAGUCCUAGAGAGCUCUCAGGCCCAGGGUUUUCAAUUUUCCCAGGCCCUUGUUCCUCAUAGUCACUUUUUGGAAUUGACUCAAAAAAGAAAAGAAAAGAAAAGAAAAAAUCCACACUGUGACCAGCAGCUCUCAGGGUUACGUUCCACAGCAACCAUCUCUUCCCUGCAGAGAAAGUCCAGCCCACAGGGAAAGGGAGGCCACUUUCUCUCAAGACUCAUUUUGGGUGUUUUUUUGGCCAACCUGAUUUCUGGCAGGAUGUUGAAGCCCAACACACAGCUACGCUGUGGGCCGAACGUGAAGCUCUGUAAGCAAUUGCCCAGCUGCCGAGGAGAGCACGCAGCGGGCGGGAGAAGGCUUCUGCUCCCUGUGGCUGGGGAGGCUGUGACGGAGUGUUUUAAUUAGCGCCAGCUCAGCAAGACACUCGGGAUUGUCAACGUGCAUCCGUGCAUCCGACACGCUACUAGCAGCUAGAGAGCUGGUCCCACCGUGGUGGGUGGGGGGUGAGCAAGGCUGCACGUUCUGGAAGCUGAACAAUGAGGGCAAACUUUCAUUGCAAACACAUUGUCAUUUUCCGCUUAUGACCUGCUGGGGGUAAUCUGCCUUGGGGUACAAGCUGUUAUUCAAAGUCACCUUGGAAAUGCUCCUGGUGUAGUGUUGGACUGCAUAGCAUCUCCGUUCCUAUCUCAACGAAAACCCCCUCAAACAGGGAGCUUUCAAAUCCUGAAUUCACGUGAAGAGGAGUUGUGUGCCUUGCAGUUUCCGCUCCUACCCGUCUUCCCACCAUUAUAGCUCAGGCAACACUGGCCGAGACACCAGUGCCCCUGGGAGGUCCCAGUAAGCCCGUGGCCAGCAAGCAAGGGGGCAGGAUUGACUAACAGACAGCUGGGGCAAGAGCGAGGCCCCAGGUAGGGACCAGGGGAUGGAGAGAGAAUUGAUGUGCCUCUGGGGGCCAAGGGGGCAGCCCCCACCCCCAGGAAAGGUGGGAGAGGAUUGAAGACAGUGAGGUCCCCAUUCUUUCAGGAGCCUGAGGCUAAUCAUUUCCUUUCAUCACUCUCUGCAGGCUCAGCCUUCCCACCACCUCCCAGAGCUGCUGGCUUCGUCUGGAAAAAAUGCUAACUAGCUCUUUGCAAGAGCCUCACUCGUGCCCGGGCCAGAGAGCUCACAAUAGACACUGUGUGUAGCGCAAAAGGAACACGGUGCUCCCGGGGGCAGGCGGAGUGGGCAGCCUUGGGAGCACUCAUGGGCAGCAGGGAACAGACGUGGGCCCAUCCCCAAAUCCUCAGCCCCCACCCCCCUCGUGGCCUUCCUGUUCUCGGAACUCCACCACGGGAGAACACCGGCCAGAAUGAUCGAGGCUCGAGCUCUGGAAAGACUGUAAACAUUUGGCCAGCUUGGCUUGGCUGCCUGGCAAAGACCAGGUACUGAGAAGCAAUGGUGAUGAGGGCCUUCGUCCUGCUGGCCAUCUUUGCAGAAGCCUCUGCAAAAUCAUGCACUCCAAACAAAGCAGAUGUCAUCCUCGUGUUUUGUUAUCCCAAAACCAUCAUCACCAAAAUCCCCGAGUGUCCCUAUGGAUGGGAAGUGCAUCAGCUGGCUCUUGGAGGGCUGUGUUACAAUGGGGUCCACGAAGGAGGUUACUACCAGUUUGUAAUUCCAGACUUAUCACCUAAAAACAAGUCCUAUUGUGGAACCCAGUCGGAGUACAAGCCACCCAUCUACCACUUCUACAGCCACAUUGUUUCCAAUGACAGCACGGUGAUCGUGAAAAACCAGCCUGUCAACUACUCCUUCUCCUGCACCUACCACUCCACCUACCUGGUGAACCAGGCCGCCUUCGACCAGAGAGUGGCCACUGUUCACGUGAAGAACGGGAGCAUGGGCACGUUCGAAAGCCAAUUGUCUCUCAACUUCUACACUAAUGCCAAGUUCUCCACCAAGAAAGAAGCCCCCUUUGUCCUGGAAACAUCCGAAAUCGGUUCAGAUCUGUUUGCAGGAGUAGAAGCCAAAGGAUUAAGCAUCAGGUUUAAAGUGGUCUUGAACAGCUGCUGGGCCACACCCUCCGCUGACUUCAUGUAUCCCUUGCAGUGGCAGCUGAUCAACAAGGGUUGCCCCACGGAUGACACAGUCCUCGUGCACGAGAACGGGAAGGAUCACAGGGCGACCUUCCAAUUCAAUGCUUUCCGGUUCCAGAACAUCCCCAAACUCUCCAAGGUUUGGUUACACUGUGAGACCUUCAUCUGUGACAGCGAGAAGUUCUCCUGCCCCGUGACCUGCGACAAAAGGAAGCGCCUCCUGCGGGACCAGACCGGGGGCGUCCUGGUCGUGGAGCUCUCCCUGCGGAGCAGGGGAUUUUCGAGUCUCUAUAGCUUCUCAGGUGUUCUCCACCACCUCGUCGUGAUGCUGGGCAUCUGCACCGUGCUAUAGGAGCCAGCCGGGCAGCUGCGGCUCCUGCGCCCAGAGUCGUCCUCAGCCAGUGCAAACUCGUGUUGAUUGUGCUGCCGAACAAACAAACGCACAGAAGACCACAAGGUUGAAGAGCAGAGACUAGCGCUUUGCCGAAUAUGUGCUCCAGUGAUUUUGGGGAACUCGCUGAUGGCUUUCCUGUGGUGCCCCGCUUCUUCCUGUCACUUCCUGUGCCCUUCUCCUGCAGCCGGGGGACAAGUCUCCUCUCCCCACAUUUGAGUCAGAGCUGCAUGGACUCCUUUGAAGGCUAUUCUAAUUUUUAAAAGAUUAGCACACCCAACCAAGGGCAGCUGAGCAUUUUGCAGAGAAUGUGGGGCAUAACCACAUUGCAGAGAAUGUGGGGCUAAACACAGGAUGCACAGGAAUAGCCAAUGUUGCUGAAAAGGGGCUCUGUCAUAGAGGCCGUGUAGUUCUACCUAAGGACCAGAGCUGAGCCCCAGGCAUGGGGUUCCAAUCUUUCAACAAAUCACAUGGGAAAUGAUGUGGGAAUCAGAGCGGAAUACAAUAGUUUUGCUCAAACCUGAGUAAUACAGAGGAAAUAGAUUCUUGAGAACCUGUAGUACUA